CUGGCGUCCUCCGUACGAUAUUUGGUGACUCGCUCUGUACCUCUGCGACAAAUGUCAGUGUCCAAGCCGAAACCCAACGUGGUAGUCAUAGGAGGGAGUUAUGUCGGAAUGAAAAUGGCGGAUAUGCUUGGACCUGCCCUUCAUGAAACGCACAAUACUAUCGUUAUCGAAAAGAACUCUCAUUUCCAGCACCUCUUUGCCUAUCCUCGUAUAGGAGUUGUUCCCGGGUUCGAGCAUAAGGCGUUCGUUCCGUAUACUAACGCUUUCCAUGCCAGCCCGGCCGGAUCUACGUCAAUGGUACGUGCUACGGCAGAGGAGAUCCUUCCAAAUGAAGUUGUUCUAGACAACGAGACGUCCAUUCCUUAUGAAUAUCUUGUGUUUGUCGCUGGAACUGGACGGCCUGGAGCGCCGAUUGCGUACGAAAAAUCUACGGAGACGAAAAGAAUUCAGAUGAUCCAGGCGAAAAUAGCUAGCGCGUCGAACAUCGUUGUGGUGGGAGGUGGCGCGUAUGGUGUUCAGGUCGCCUUCGAUAUCAAAGAGCAAUAUCCGUCGAAGAAGGUCACACUCAUCCAUUCGCGGCCGCAGUUGAUGAACCGCUUCCAUUAUGCGUUGCAUGAUAUCGUCAUGGAGAGGUUCAAGGCUGCAGGUAUCGACACUAUCCUGGGACAGAGAAUCAAGGACAUCCCGGAUUGGUCACAGAAUGACGGAAAGGAGUUUUCAAUCACCCUUGCCGAUGGGAGGGAAGUGAAAACGGAUUUGGCCAUCCCUUGCACAGGAUCUACCGUCCCCUUGAGCGAUCCCCUUCUGUCUCUUUCACCGUCGUCGGUAGAUCCUGUAACCAAAUACGUCAAGGUGAAGCCUACGCUGCAGAUUGCAGACUCCAAAUUCCCGAAUGUCUUUUCUAUCGGGGAUGUAGCGGAUACCGGGGCACACAAAGCGGCCCGACCCGCCUUCGCCCAGGCCCAGAUUGUUCUCAGAAAUAUACAGAAGCUCAUGAAGGAUGAGAAGGCUGAACUUGACACGUACAAGCCCGACCCUCAUUCGAUACAUUUGGCUUUGGGAUUCCGCCCGAGCGUUAAAUUUAGAAACCCGGCAUCGCCUGAUGGUGAGCCGAUGAAAAUCUUUGACGACCAUGGGGACCUGGAGUCUGGGUGCGGCAAAGUGUGGGCGAUGAGGGCUCCUGGUGUUUCGGAUUAUAAACUGUGAUAGAGAUUAUAUAGAAUCGCCCGAUAACCUUGCUUGCUGGACCAUUUUGACGGAAAAAUAAUUUAGCAGUGGGAUAUACAGCUGUGAUGUGCACCUA